AUGGCAAAGCUGGCCAUCCUGCUGGCCUUGGCCCAGAGCGCGCUCAUUCACGGCCUACCUGCGCGCGAACUGCAGCGCGACACGCAUGUUAUCGAAGAACGUGCUAUCACCUUCUCGUCAGGGCUUGAAAUCACUACGAGCUACAGCCUGGUUGUGUCAACACUGCAGUCAGUGAGCGCGACGGAGACGCCUUCAAUCACGGGUGUCAUACCGACAGGUCUACCUGAUCCAGGUUUCACAUUGAAUCCUAUCAAAACUGCUAUUGAGGGACCGUCUCACACACUGGCACCUAUUGAUUGGACUCUGAAACCCGGACCAACUGAGCCCUUGAACAAUGUUGAAGGAAAUGUUUUCGUCCCCAUGGCUACAGAUACGCCGCCACAGCAAGUUUCUCGCCGUGACGAUCACCCUGUCAAGAAAAUCAAUAUUGUGGAUGGCGAUGUUCCACUCCACACGAAUAAGUUCUACGCAAAUCUGUUCCUGGGAAAGCAGGAUUUUCCUGUUUUCACGCAUCCGUACUCGCUCACGUGGGCCAAGGGCACCGGUGAUACCUGGGGUAUGUCCGUAAGCCAUGUCGAGCGGGCGCAGGUUGCGUGGGGUGAGCAAACCCCACCGCGUUAUUGGAUCGCACCGAUUGGCAUCCAACACAUUGUCAUGUCGGCGAAGGAGCUGGGAACCAGCACAGUCUUGUCCACUGAAGAGUUGACUGGGUUCUCUGUAUAUGCCAAUCUUGCCCCUUCUGUCCAUUCGGACCCUGUCAUCUCUUUUCCUCUUGUGCAGGGAAUGGGCUUCGUGACUGCCUUAUACAACAACGCAAGGCCGCAACUUAAUUCGGGCGUUUUCUUCCGCACGCUUGAUUACAUAGGACGCCUGAACGGCAUCACUUACAAGUAUCGGAUUACCCUUGAGGACAACUCCCACUGGCUUCUGUACGCAACGCCAGUUGGAUCCUUGGGUGCACCACCCUUCACUUUGAAAGACAACCAUCUCAUUGAGGGACCAGAUGCAUUCAUCGGCUCAGUCCAGAUCGCCAAGAACCCCGCAGGCGACCCAGGUGAGCAGAUGUACGACUCCACCGCCGGUGCAUUUGCCACCAACGCUACUAUCUCUGGUACUGUUAACGGUGCCUUUGGUAGCUACACGCUUGAGUGGGGCAAGAGCGGCGUCCAGAACCAGACCCUACUCAUGUUCGCGAUUCCGCAUCAGGUGGAGUCGUUCGACCAGGCAUCGAAAGAUGCUUUGACGAAUAUCGAGCUUGUCACAACCACCAAGGGAUAUGCCAAGGCUGUCGUGGCAGACAAGAUUACCAUGGUCGAGCCUGAGCUCCCUGCCUCCAUUGGAUUUGCACCCUGGGUCCCAGACAAGGAAGAUGGGAAUAGUGGCAGCGACAACAUCGAACUCACAGACCAGAUGCGCGUAAUGGUUCAAAACUCUGGUGCAGUCGAGCUAGGCCAGAACUUCAUCGCCCAGACGAGUCUCGACAGCAUGUACUACAGUGGUAAAGGCCUUGCCAAGUUCGCAAGUAUCAUCUACACAGUCCAGACAUUGGGCAAGGACACCGAGCUCGCGGCCGCUGGUCUCGUAAAACUAAAGGACGCCUUCAACGUCUUCAUCAACAACACGCAGCCCCUCCCCCUCGUCUACGACACCGUCUGGAAGGGCGUAGUCUCCUCGGGCUCCUACGGCGGCGGCGACCUCGGCAUGGACUUCGGCAACACCCUCUACAACGACCACCACUUCCACUACGGCUACUUCGUCUACACCGCCGCCGUCGUCGGGCAUCUCGACCCCUCCUGGCUCGACCAAGGCUCCAACAAAGCCUGGGUCAACAUGCUAGUCCGUGACUUCGCCAACCCCUCUGCCGACGACCCGUACUUUCCCUUCCAGCGCUCCUUCGACUGGUUCAUGUGCCACUCCUGGGCAAAAGGCCUCUUCGACUCGGGCGACGGCAAAGACCAGGAGUCCACCUCUGAAGACACAUUCGCGACGUACGCGCUCAAGAUGUGGGGCAAGACCAUCGGCGACGCGUACAUGGAGGGCCGCGCCAAUCUGCAGCUCGCGUGCCAGAAGCGCAGUCUGCGGAACUACUUCCUGCUCGAGGCGGACAACCAGGUGCAGCCGAGCCAGUUUCUGCCGAACAAAGUGACGGGGAUCCUGUUCGAGAACAAAGUUGACCACACGACGUACUUUGGCGCGAAUCCGGAGUACAUCCAGGGGAUCCACAUGAUUCCACUGAAUCCGUCGAGUGCGUAUACGCGGAGUAGGAAGUUUGUGCAGGAGGAGUGGGAUACGUAUUUUAGUCAUGGGCGGGCGGAUAAGGCGGUUGCUGGGUGGAAGGGCAUUCUGUACGCAAACCAGAUCCUGAUUGAUCCGUUUGCAGCGCUGGAGUUCUUCUCGGAUCCGAACUUCGAUAUGAGUCUGUUGGAUGGUGGGGCGAGUCGAACGUUUUAUUUGGCGUAUGCGGCAGCGAUGGCGGGGGGCGAAAGCGGAGCUGCGGGCGGGAAGGCAGACGAUGCGCCCGUUCAGACUCAAUAUGUGGAGUACAACGGAACUGAAGGCGAGGAGGAAGAACCUGGGCCGGAUGAUGAUUGGGAGUGGGAAUCUGACGACGACGAGACAUCAUAUGAUGAAAGCACGGCUUCGGACGACGAGCAAGAGGGUGGAGAAGACAUCGACACUGCCACUGAUACCGACAUCGACGACGAAGCAGAUAAAGAAGUCGACUCGGAUGAUGAGUACGAGUGGGUUUACGAGCGGCGAAAGCGGUAA